AUGUCCAAGGCCCCGAACCCCAAGGACUCGAUGAAGUCGACCUGGCGCACCGCCAGCAGAGACACAUGGACCUGGAGCCACUGGAUCUUCGAAACCCUCGACGGCUAUCCCACGGCCCUGGACAAGCCGGUGCCGAAGCACCCCAAGACGGACAAGAUUCCGUACCUGUCGCAAUGGUCGCAGCACGUCUGGGUGCUGGUGCACGCCGUCACGCCUCUGCUCGUCCACCAGGCCAUCUUGACGUUUACAGGGAGGGAGAGCCUGCACCCCCUGCUCAUGUUCCUGCUCUACUUCAACGCCUUCAACGUCAUCCUGAUCCGCGAGGUGCACACGCUCCGCAAAAUGGGCCACAGAUGGGGCUUCCUCGACGGCGACGUCCACGACCGCGACGGCAUCCCCGACGCCAGCGUGACAAAGGUGCUGCUGUCGGCGCUCAAGGGCACCGGCGGCCGCGUCGCCCUCGCCAUUUACUUCUCCUACGACCGAGCCGUGCAGCCCGUCGACGCCCUGUCGAGCUGGCAGUGGUGGGCGUGGCUGGUGCUCGAAAUCGGCGUCUACGGCGUCGUCCUCGACUUUUGGUUCUACUGGUACCAUCGCCUGAUGCACGACGUCUCCUUCCUGUGGCAGUUCCAUCGCACGCACCACCUGACCAAGCAUCCUAACCCGCUUAUGACGGCCUUUGCCGAUGAGGAGCAGGAGUUUUUUGACCUCGUCGGCAUUCCGUUCCUUACUUAUAUGAGCCUCCGGGCCAUGGGUCUCCCGCUGGGCUUCUACGAGUGGUGGCUGUGCCACCAGUAUAUUGCCUUUAUCGAAGUAGCUGGCCACAGCGGGCUGCGGCUGCAUGCCGCCGGGCUAUCCACGUUCCAUCCCAUCCUGCAGUACUUUAAUGCCGAGAUUGUGGUGGAGGAUCAUGACAUGCAUCACCGCAAGGGCUGGCGCAAGAGCCACAACUAUGGCAAGCAGACGCGGCUUUGGGACCGUGUCUUUGGCACCUGUCUCGACCGCGUCGAGUCGGCCCCCGACAACGUCGACUAUGUCAACCCGGCGCACGUGCCGCUGUUUUGA